AUGAACGGGUUUUUCGAGAGAGUAAUCGAAAAGUACUCAAAAACCGCUGGAUUUAGAACCGAAGUCGACAGAAUUACCACGGUAGCACUUAUAUUACAACGAAUUUUCGGGCAGCAAGUCCUCGACCCAGAAUGGACGUGGAAAAAAUAUUUCGUUCAUCAAUUGCUGAAUCUAAUUUUGUUCGUGUACGUUUUCUUUGGCACCUUGGAAUGUUUGAAGAGAACGAAUGACGCUGAGCUUGUAGCUGAAGCGUGCUACACUCUCAUUAUGAUUGGCAUAUUCCCAUUAAAGAUGCUACUUUUUAUCAGCAACAGAUUUACUUUCAGAGAACUUUAUAUAACUGCUAAAACUACUCUUAUCACAGUGAUCCAAUCAGAUUCCGUCGUUAAAGUUAACAAUGUUCUCCAAACUAGUAGAAAAAUCGUUUACGUGCUAUUCUUUAUGGUAUUAGUUCCUUGUUCGAUCUAUGAGCUGACAACUCUUUGGAAUUACGUAAAUGGAAUAAGGAUCUUACUGUCAAGGUCAACGUUGACUUUGAUGCCAAUGUUCACGCCUUAUUACGAAAUAGCUUGGUUCUUCCACAGUGUAUUUUUAUUUGAAAUAUCUUCAACUAUCAUCCUUGACAUGUGGUUCGUUUUGUUGAUACACUUUUGGUGUUCUGCGAGUGACAGCUUAGUGGAGAUAUUAAAGGUACCAGCAAGAGCUGAUGAUGAAACCAAAUCGUCGUAUGAGAAACGUCUAAAUAACAGUUUGGGUACAUUUUACAAAAUUCACAUCCAGCUAGUUGAGUACAUGAAAGCGUUAAGUAAUAUGUACAAGUGGCUUGCGUUUGUUCCACUUUGCAAUGCUGCGAUGUGCACUUGCCUUAUUUUACUCUUGAUGAGCAAGGAAAUUAAUUGGAGAUUUGCCCCACAUUUAUUGCCGAUGUUUGCUGAGAUUUUCGCAUACAACUGGUUUGGAGAACAAAUUAAAAUAAAGGCGAAAGAACUUCACAAAACGGUAAUUAAUUUUGAUUGGAGAAACCUAAAAUUGAAAGAUCAAAAAAGUUAUUAUAUAAUAGUGACUUAUAUGACAAAAGAAAAUUCCAUCAAAACAGCAGUUGGAAAUGAUCUGUCACUGAUUACAAUGACUGCUGUACUCAAAUUCAGCUACCAAGCCUUCACUGUUUUGCAAUCUAUCGAUAAUUAGGCGUUCCUCGUGCUAAC